AUGCUGCGUGCCCUGCCGCGCAUUUCUCUUACCACACCGAAAUUGCCCGCAGCCACCGCCUGGCCCAUCUUCUCCACCGCACCCUGCCGUCGACGCGCAUCCGCAUCCAGCAAGAAGACGAGGAGCGGGCACGGCAGCGGCAGCGGCAGCAGCAGCAACAGCAACAGCGACGACGACCAGCUUGAGGCUGCGCGGACUUGGCUUGGCCAGCUGCACGCCGAGACGAUUCCCAGGUCCAUCGGCGAAUUGACCUUCAGCAGGUCGUCGGGCCCUGGCGGCCAGAAUGUCAACAAAGUCAAUUCCAAAGCUACCCUCAAGCUCCCUCUGGACGCUCUGCUCCACCACAUCCCCUCCCCGCUGCAUGCCCACAUCCGCGCCUCUCGCUAUGUGACCCUCAAAUCCAAUGCCUUCGUCAUCCACGCCGACGACAGCCGCAAGCAGUCGGACAAUGCCCACAGCUGCUACAAGAGGUUGUUGGAAGAGGUCCGCGACGCGGGCCGCAACGCUAUCCCCGGCCAAACAUCGGCCGCCCAAGCCCAGCGCGUCAAGCACCUCCAGAAAUCCGACAACGAGCGACGUCUCAAGUCCAAAAAGCACCACAGCGCAAAAAAGUCCUCUAGGAGAGGUAGUACAGAGUAG